AUGCCCACGCCGGAGCCGAUGACUCCGGCGACGUAUGAUCGGACAUAUGGCGGCAACCGGGCCUUUCACAACUUCUUCAACGAUUUCAGUCACAUCCAAGAUCCCAACCUUAGACGACGACUCGCGCUGUCGGAGAUUGAUAAAGUCCCCUUUGGCAUGUACCAUGUAAGGGCUGUGCUGGUUGCUGGUAUAGGUUUCUUCCUAGAUUCGUACGACAUAUUCGCCAUAAACCUUGUAACAACACUACUCGGCGUCGUAUUCUGGCAUGGCCCUCCGUCGAACGCGAGAGAUGGGUAUGGAGGAAAUUACGGGCGUUUACCGACCCCUGUCAGUCAAGCUCUAAAGGCAUCGACAAGUGCGGGUAUUAUCAUCGGCCAAGUCUUAUUUGGAUGGAUGGCAGACAGGUUCGGGCGAAGGAGAAUGUAUGGAGUUGAACUAGGUAUUAUCGUAUUCUCGACCAUGUCUUGUUGCUUGGUUGCUGCCUCCCAAUCUGUAAGCUUCACUGGAUUGAUGACUUUUUGGAGAGUCAUGAUGGGGAUCGGUAUAGGCGGUGACUAUCCCCUAAGCGCCGUAAUUACGUCGGAGUUUGCCCCUACGAGAUGGCGCGGUGCUAUGAUGGCGGCUGUAUUCUCGAUGCAAGGAAUGGGUCAAUUGCUGGCAGCAGUCGUGGCCUUAAUCGUCACAGCCUCCUUCAAGGACGCCUUUCAUAACGCGCCGGGAGUCGAUGAAUGCGACUAUACAUGCCAGAUAGCAGCUGACCGUUGUUGGCGUAUAAUUGUGGGGGUCGGGGCCCUUCCAGCCUGUUUUGCGCUCUAUUAUCGCAUUACUAUACCCGAAACGCCCAGAUAUACAUUCGAAGUUGCCAAAGAUGUCGAGAAAGCGGCCGCCGAUAUCAAGGCAUACAUGGCUAGCGAAGGAGAGGGAGAAGUUGACGAGGUUAUGCAAGCGAGGAUGAAAAAGGUUGCGGCACCAGCGCUUAACAUACCCUCGGCCUCCUGGCACGACCUUUACAGAUACUUCAAGCAAUGGAAGAACGCCAAAGUCCUAAUGGGGACAACGCUAUCCUGGUUCUUUUUGGACCUUGCCUUCUAUGGUUUAGGCUUGAAUAACCAAAUAGUGUUACGAGCAAUUGGUUAUGCCGAUGGAGACUCACUCUAUCACAUAUUAUACAACAGUGCAGUCGGCACGAUUAUUCUAGUUGUGGCAGGCUCUCUGCCGGGGUAUUGGACCGCCAUCUUUACCAUUGAUAGCAUCGGCCGUAAACCACUUCAAAUUAUUGGCUUUGUCAUACUCACAAUUACAUUUUGUGUUUUAGGCUUCCUUUACAAUAGCCUCAGCAAGGGUGCCCUCCUGGCUCUCUACGUUAUCGCAAACUACUUCUUUAACUUCGGGCCCAACACAACCACCUUCAUAGUCCCCGGUGAGUGUUUUCCGACUCGCUACCGCUCCUCCGGUCACGGGCUGUCGGCAGCCAUGGGCAAAGUCGGGGCUAUCGUCGCGCAAGUUAUCUCACUACCACUUCUCACAAAAGACGCGCCGAGUCCGUGUUCCGGCAAGGAAUGUACGCCUUGGCUCGACCGACUAAUGCAGAUAUUCGCACUUUUCAUGCUCUGCGGCACGCUCUCAUCACUUCUCAUCCCCGAAACGAAGGGAUACACACUCGAAGAACUUGCGGGCGAACCCCCGACGUCGUAUAAUUCGGGCCGCAACGGAAGCUUCAUGGAGACGCCCGCCAAAUCGCGAUGGUGGAACCCGUUCUCGGGCGGCCGGCCGGCCGGCUUUUUUUAUCCUCGAGUAGCGACGAACGGUCGGGUUAGGAGUCGCACAGGUAUUAUGUCAACGCCCGAAUUCAUGGCGCAGAACUCCGAGAUGGCGAAUAGGGGCUGGAUGUUCUGGAAACGCGAUCGAAAUCGUCUAGGAACAGCGACCGCGACCGAUUGCGGCGCGAGCUCGAGCUCAACGGCCGGGUUCGCGGGGUCCGGCGACACGGUGGUGGCGAGUGCGGGCGUGCUACCUGGUUGGGGAGCGGGUUGGGGUAGGAUAGAUAGAGGAGGAAAUCCCCUUGCUAUGGAUAAUAUACGGCUACAGGACGUGGGGAGUUUACUAAAGUGA